GGGUACGUAGUAUCAUCGAAACCCCUUUCAUUUUUCCAAGAUGAGAGUGAUAAGCAGCUUCCUAACAUGUGGUAGAAGGCAGCUUCACACAAUUGUCUCUAGAGAAAUCAUCAAACCUUCUUCUCCAACUCCUUCUAAUCUUAAAACUUACAAUCUUUCUUCGACUGAUCAAUUUGCACCAGAUGCAUAUAUACCAAUGGUUAUCUUCUACCCAAACUCAAACAAUAAUUUUCAUGUUAACAUGAAGAACUCAUUAUCCCAAACGUUAACACAUUACUACCCUUUUGCUGGUAGGCUAGCCACAACCACACCAUCCUUUGUAGAUUGCAACGAUGAAGGAGUUGAGUUCCUUGAAGCACAGAAUGACAAAGAACUCUCAGAUUUCCUCCAUAAUAUGCAACAUGAAGAUCUAGACCAACUCUCUCCCAAUGGCCUAGUAUGGAAAAAGUUGAGAAGUUAUAGUUUUGAAAAUGAUACAGCAAGCCCAUUAGCAGUCCAGGUUAACCAAUUUGCAUGUGGAGGAUUAGCGGUUGCGGCGUCAUUAUCCCACAAGCUAGCAGAUGGAAGCAGCUUGUGCAACUUUUUUAAUGAUUGGGCCAUAAUGACACGAUUGCCAUCAACGGAUGGAUCACCUAUUGACCCCCAAUUUAUGCCUUCUAAGAAAACAAAGCUAAACUUCCAAGGACUCUCACUUGAUAAAUCACGAGAUAGUUCUGUCACAAAGAGUUUCGUGUUCGCUGGCUCAAAGUUAAAUGAGCUUAAGCUCAAGGUUAUAACGAUGACCGCAGAAUCUGAACAACCAAUCAUGAACCCUACGCGGAUUGAAGUUUUAAAUUGGCUACUCUACAAAUGUGCACUGAAAGCAGCUACACAUAAUAACUUAGGAUCUUUCAAGCCAACUGGAUUUAUCCUUGUAACCAAUAUAAGAAACAAAAUGAUUGAGCCCUUGCCCAAAACCACCAUAGGGAAUUUUUUCAAGCUACCAUCUUUUCCAACUAAAGAUCUAAGCGAAAUUACACUUAGUACUUUUGUUGGCCAACUCAAAAACCUGAAGGUGGAAGUUCAAGGUUUAAACGCGGCUGAAAUACCUCCACACAUGUCUCUACAGGCCAUUCUCGAAGAGCAGCAAAGAGAACUUGAUGACUAUUAUGGGUGUACAAGUUUUUGUAGAUAUCCAUUCUAUGAAGUUGAUUUUGGAUGGGGAAAGCCCAUAAAAGCAGCUAUUCCUGGAACAUUAAAGAACAAUAGCUUUUUUGCCAUGGAUGCUCCGGAUGGGGAUGGCAUUGAAGUUUUUGUGAGUCUAGGAAAAGAAGACAUGGAGAUUUUCGAAAGAGAUCCUGAGUUGCUUUCCUUUUGCUAAUUUAUCUAUGCAAAUUUGUUCCGUUUCUAGUUGACAUGAAUUUAUUUCAAAAUAUUAAUAUGAAUUUAUUUUAU